AUGAUAAAUAAAUUUUAGAAACAUUUUGUUGACAGUUAAGCGAGAUUUGGUUUAGAGUUUAUUUCUAGAAAAUAUUUUAGUUUCAAAAAGAUAGACCUUAAUAUAAAGAAAUAAGAAUAAAACAAGGAAUUUGAUUUCUUUGUUAUUGGAGGAGGAUCUGGAGGAUUAGCUGCAAGUAAAGAAGCAGCUCAAUUAGGUGCUAAAGUUGGAUUGGCAGACUAUGUUGCUCCCACGCCAAUUGGUACAUCUUGGGGUUUAGGUGGGACUUGUGUAAAUGUUGGUUGUAUUCCUAAAAAGUUAAUGCAUAUUGCUGCAUAAUACGGUGAAAGUUAUGAAUAGUAAGAAAUAUCUGGAUGGAAUGUAAACAGAUAGUCAAUUCAAAAUAAUUGGAUUUAGCUAGUACAUAGAAUUUAAGAAAAUGUUAAAAGAACUAACUUUGGUUACAGAGUAUCUUUAAGAGAAAAUAAAGUCACUUAUUUUAAUUCCUUAGCAACUAUUAUUGACUAAAACACUAUUAAGCUUUAAUCAGGUGAAUAGCUUAAAGACGCUAUUUAUGUGAAAGCAAAAUAAAUUCUGAUAAGUGUAGGUGGAAGACCAAAUUAUUUACCACAUAUUGAUAGAAAUCUCGUAAUUACUUCAGACGAUCUAUUUAGCUUGACUAAACCUCCAGGCAAAACUCUUAUUGUUGGAGCUUCUUACAUUGCACUAGAAUGUGCAGGGUUUUUAAAUGGACUUGGGUACGAUGUUACAGUUCUUUACAGAAACAAAAUUUUAAGUGGAUUCGAUUAAGAUGUGGCUUAAAAAUUAUAAGAAUAUAUGAGCUAUCAUGGAGUUAAAUUUGUAAAAGAUGAAAUUAAGCAUAUAUCAACCCACAACGAAAGCUAAAGAGAAGUUACUUUUAAUUUUGGUGGAUAAAAGGAAAUAUUCGAUACAGUUAUGUUAGCUAUUGGCAGAGUUCCAAACACUUAAAGUCUAGGUUUAGAAAAUGUUGGAGUUAAAUUAUCUAAAAAUAGAAAAAUACUAGCUGAUCAAAAGGAUUAAACAUCUGUAAGCAAUAUAUUUGCAAUAGGAGAUGCUGUUGAAGGGAGAAUGGAAUUAACACCUGUGGCAAUAAAAUAAGGGAGAUUUUUGGCUUAGAGACUUUUUAACAAUUAAAAUGAACUUGUAGAUUAUAACACUAUCCCAACAACUAUAUUUACACCUUUAGAAUACUCUUGUAUAGGAUUGAGUGAAGAGCAAGCAAUUUAAAAGUUUGGAUAAGAAAAUAUUUGGUGUUAUGUUUCUAAAUUCAAACCUCUAGAAUGGACUUUUUCUGAAAAAGACAAUAAAUCAAGAGGAUACUGUAAACUAAUAGUAAAUAGAUAAGAUAAUGAAAGAAUUAUAGGCUUACAUUAUUUAGGUCCUAACGCAGCUGAAGUGGCUCAAGGAUAUGCUGUUGCAUUUUAAAUGGGAGCUACUAAAAGAGAUUUUGAUAAAACUAUAGCCAUACAUCCUUCCUCUAGCGAAGAAUUUGUAUUACUUAAGUAAAUUAAGGGCAUAUCUGAGACAGAAGAGUGGUUGUGUUGUGGUUGA